AUGAUCUCGCACGUUGGUUCCAUUAGAAACUUCAAAGGUCUAAGUUGUAGCCGGUCGCAGCACAAGACUCAUACGUCCAGGAAAAAUCAUUCCGCCAGUCGUUUAUGCUCAAGACUCCAAAGCUCUUCUGGCGAUAUCAGCUCAUCGAAUUUCGUGCGGAAGCAUAUUUUAGAUCUGCAACCAUACACUCCUAUUGUUCCCUUCGAAGUGCUUUCGGAAAAACUCCAGCGCCCUAUCACAGAAAUAGUCAAACUAGAUGCGAACGAAAAUCCGUAUGGUCCGCCGCCAGAUGUGUACGAUGCACUUCGGGACAUCAAAUAUCCUCACAUAUACCCGGAUCCUGAGUCGAGACGGUUGCGAGCAGCACUCGCAGCCGAAUGCGCAGUUCCGACAGAAAAUUUAUUAGUUGGUUGUGGUGCUGAUGAGCUAAUUGAUUUACUGUUAAGAGUGGUUCUGGAGCCAGGUGAUAAAAUAAUCAAUACACCACCAACUUUUGGAAUGUACUCUUUCGAUUGCAACAUUAACGCUGGUGACGUGAUCGAUAUAUGCCGUGGGCUCUCAUUCAAGAUAGAUGUCGAGGCGAUUGAAGCUGCCGUGAAGACUCACAGCCCGAAGCUUCUGUUUCUGACAUCUCCAAAUAAUCCAGACGGUAGUCUUAUUGAGGAAGACGAUCUCCUCCGCCUGCUUCGUCUUCCAAUACUGGUCGUGCUGGAUGAGGCAUACAUCGAAUUCGCCAGUGCGAAGAGUUACAUAACACAAGUGCCGAGCCGCAAGAACUUGAUCGUUCUUCGAACUUUCAGUAAGCGGGCUGCGUUAGCAGGUCUUCGGGUAGGCUACGGCGCUUUUCCGUCCGAUCUGAUCGAAUAUAUAUGGCGAGUAAAGCAACCAUAUAAUGUGUCUGCUAUCGCUGAGACAGCUGCGCUGGCAGCGUUGUCAAAUCCUUCUUACUUGCAGGAAGUACGCGAUAAAAUUGUGUUCGAGAGGGCUCGGAUGUUUGGGUUACUAUCUGAGUUCGACUUUCUUGAACCGUUUACAUCAGAAUCGAAUUUUAUUCUUUGCAGGGUCAAAAGAAUGAGCGCCGAGUACGUGAAAGCAUGUUUGCUUGAACGCGGUGUUGUCAUUAGGCACUACUCUUCUCCGAAAGAAAUCGCCGACUGCAUACGGAUUUCAGUUGGUAGACCAGAAGAUACAGAUGCAGUGGUGUCCGCACUAGCUUCAAUCAAACUUUGA